AUGAACGAAGAGAAGAAACCUUCGUCGUCGUUCGUGAGAAUAGGUGACCGGCAAUUGUUUACGGUGGAGCUCCGGCCGGGAGAGACCACCAUAGUGUCAUGGAAGAAGCUGUUGAAAGACGCUGCCAAGUCGAACGGAUCGGCUUCCACAUCGCAACUCUCCCGGCCGGAGACUGUUCCGGGACAACCUGUUGAGGUUGAGGAAAAUGAUGAAGCUCAGCCACAUCGUUUCAGUGCUGUAAUAGAGAAGAUUGAACGACUUUACAUGGGUAAGGAUAGCAGUGAUGAUGAGGAUCUGCCUGAUGUUCCUGAUGAUGAUCAGUAUGAUACUGAAGAUUCUUUUAUAGACGACGCUGAGCUGGAUGAAUAUUUUCAGGUUGAUCAUUCCAAAGUCAAACAUGAUGGAUUCUUUGUAAAUAGGGGGAAAUUGGAACGCACUGAUGAACCUCCUGUAAUACCGAAUCAGCAACCAAAGAAAAGGCGCAGAAAAGAUAUAGUGAAGAAUCCAGGUGAAAAUAUUAAUGACCAUGGAUCAAAUAAACAUGUAAAAGUGGGCAAGGCAGCAUCUGGGAAAACAACUUCCAUUCAGGCAAGGAAUGUGUGUAAUUCCUCACAAAUUUUGGCUUUACCUAAUGAACACUAUGAAGACUUGAAAAUUCAGAAUCAAUCGGAUACCUAUGGAGUUAGUUCAAAAAAGAAAAUUGCUGAUACUAAACCCAUAUUAGUCUCUGCUGUCUCUUUAAAAACAUCAAGUGAUGAUGUCCCUGUUGCCAUGUCAGAAGCCAAAGAUGCUGAUAAGAAGAUAGGAACUUUUCAAUCUAAGAACACAAGUGAAUUAUUUGAUGCAUCUCAUCAAAAGUACCAUGAAAAAGGUGCUUAUGUACAAUCCAAAUCCCAACCUGGAAGACCCUCGAAGAGUAUUGAUAAUUUAGAAAAUACCAGUCGGUUGAAAGAAAGAAAUGGUAAGCGCCAACUUCCGGAUCUUAACCUGUCUGUGGGAAAGUGUGCUACUAAAGCAGCAAAAUCUGAAUACAUGCACAGGAAAGAUGGGUCUAGUGUUAGGCCAAAAUCUUCAAUGCUUGAGAAGACUCUUGUCGAGUUAGAGAAAAUGGUUGCAGAGUCAAGGCCCCCUGCAGCGGACCUGGAGACCGAUAAUACAUCCCAGGCAGUCAAAAGGAGGUUGCCUAGAGAAAUAAAGCUAAAGCUUGCUAAAGUUGCUAGACUAGCGGCAAGCCAUGGGAAAGUAACUAAAGAGUUAAUUAACCGCCUUAUGAGUAUUCUUGGGCACUUAAUGCAACUCAGAACAUUAAAGAGAAACUUAAAAAUAAUGAUCAAUAUGGGCCUGUCAGCAAAGCAAGAGGAUGAUGAUAGGUUUCAACGGAUAAAAAAGGAAGUUGUUGAUAUGAUUAAGAUGCAAGCCCCAGCUUCGGAAUCCAAGCAACAGCAGAAAGUUGGAGCAUCAGGUGAUGUUCAAGAAUUUGGUCCUGAUGUAAAAACAAUAACUAAAAGGAGUGUCAAUAUGGACGCCGCUUUGGAGGACAAGAUUUGUGAUCUCUAUGAUAUUUUUGUUGAUGGCUUGGAUGAAAAUGCAGGUCCACAGAUCAGAAAGUUAUAUGCCGAGCUUGCAGAAUUAUGGCCAACUGGUUACAUGGACAACCAUGGAAUCAAACGUGGAAUUUGCAGGGCAAAAGAGAGGCGCAGAGCAUCAUACACAAAAAAUAAGGAUCAGGAAAAAAUUAAGAGAAAGAAGUUGCUGGCAUCGAGGCAAGAGGAUAGCGUUCAACUUGAUACUGGCUCAAUUACAUCACAGCAGAACCAACAAGAGAAAUUAGUUCCAGAAUCAACCAGUCAUGCUUUUACUUCAACGAACAAGUCCGUAUCUAAUACGAGCACAGCUGUCCAGGUCCCCACUUCUAUGAAUGGUGUAAAGCAAGAAAAAGCAAAGGGAAGUUCAAGCAGUUCACUGGACGAUAUCCGUGUUGCUGAUGGUGUUUUAACAAAGAAGCUGAAGAGAAAGCCAGAACUUGAGUUUGAAGGAGCAAAUGGUGGGUCAGAGAGGCUGGUUCCUUUGCAGGGAGAAGAAAGGCCCAGGCCCCAGAAGCCGUCUUCUGGUCUUCCCACCAAAUCAAAUCUUCAACCAACAUCCCUCCCAGGUCUCGAACUGUCAAGCUAA